UGUGUGGACUCCAAGGGCCGCACGCCGUUGAUUCUCGCAAGCAGCCGGGCGGAGGGGUAUGAGGCGGCGAAGCUGCUGCUGCAGAUGGGCGCCCAUGUACACGCCUACUGCAAAGGUCCGGGAGGCGGCACAGCCAUUCACCAUGCCGCUCGCAAGCAGCUCGACGCCACAGUGAAGCUUCUGCUGGACCAUGGAGCGGACCCCCUUCUCCCCAACGACGAACGCAAGAGCGCUCUGGACCUGGCCAGCGCCACUGCUGUCGUCCGACUCAUAGAGAGCCGAGUGGCCUUGUUCGAGGGCUACGUGCGCCUGCAGACCCUCUCAGCCCCGUCGCUAGUGAAAGCCUUUAUCCCGCAAUGGGUGUACCGAAGAAUCUGGGUGGCUGUGCUUCCAGAGCCCACCAUGAGUGACGGACGCCAGACAUUCCGCCUCAAGCUCUAUCCAUCCAUGGCUUUUGGCACGCCCUAUUUCACCAUAGCUCUGCACGUGUGCCGCAUUCACUUGACCAAGCUCGACUCCGCCAUCCCUGUACUCGUUAUAGAGGACCCCGUUCAUGAUAUUCCGCCUGCACGACUCGUGCCGGGGAACGCCACGGGUAAUUUGCUUAUUCCCUCUCACUCUUCCCUCCCUCACACUCUUCCCUCCCUCUCACUCUUCCCUCCUUUCUCACUCUUCCCUCGUCUCCACUCUUCUAACUUCUUCUCUCCCUUCUCAGAUAUUUCGCCUGCACGACGCGUGCCGGGGAAGCGCACGAGUGGCUUCUUUCUUCCUUCUCUCCCCUCCCUCCUUUCUCUGCUCUCAUCUUUUCUCCCCUCCCUCCCCUCUCCGCCCUUACUCCCUCUAGCCUCUCUCUCCUCUCUUCCCUCUCACUCCUCUCUUUCCUCUCACUCCUCUUCCUAUCCCUCCAUCUCCCCUCACUCUUCUUUGAUCUCUUAUUCUUCUCUCGUUUCUCACCCUUCUGUCCCCUGCCCUCCCAACAUUCUCUCACCCUCUAACUCUUCCCACACACACAUGCACGUUGGCAUGCCCUUUCACCUAAUCCCUCACACCGACGUUUCCGAACCACAUUCUCAAGCCUCAAUCCCUCCCAUUCUCACACCCUCCCAUCUCUACCCCAUGCAGGCUCGCACUCAGUCAGCCAAUCAGCAUCCGACCCUUCAGCAUGUGGCAUCCUCUCCCCGCACCCCACAGUCACAUGCACCACCACCAGCAACCCAGCUCCCAGCGUCCCGCUCUCACACUGCCCCCUCCUCCAUUCACCAUCCCCCCCCACAACAGAUGCAUCCCCCCAUGUACCCCCACCCUCCUGCCGCUCCUGCCGUUUCCCCUUUUGCUGCUUCUGCUGCUGCUGCUGCUUAUGAUGCGUAUGCUGCGGCCUAUUACACACAGCAGCAGGCACAGCAGCAGCAGCAGGCAUGGCAGCAGUAUCAGCAGCAGCAACAGCAGCAGCAGCAGCAGGGGGGGGGUUGUUCAGGAGCAGAAGCAGGAGCAGGAGGGAUGGCGUCAGGAUCAUCUGAAUCCAGGGGUGUGGUGAACGUGCACGCGUGGCCGGAUGACGUGGACGAGGACACGGCGUUCCAGCUGGCGCUCUCUGAGUCGAUGCACACUGCCAGCACUGCCAGCUCUGCCCGAGCCGAUGCCCCUGGUCCUUCGGGAACCGCUGCUGCUGCGGCUGCUCAGGGCAUGAGCAGAGGGGAGGAAGGAGCAGACGGGUUUAUUCUCACCCGCUCCUCCUCCGAGCCUCAGUCCAGAUCCGGCCGCUCUCUCUCCUCAUCUUCCUCUUCCGCUGCUGGUGUUGGUGCUGCUGCUACUGAUGCAUUCACUGCUUCCCAUCGCUCCUCGAGGUCUGUUUCAGCCUCUGCUGACCGGCACCCCUUUGCCCCACCUACUACCCCUAUCCCCUCUUCCUCUGGUGCUGCCGGCUCUUCUUCUGGCAUUGCCGCUGGUCCUGCAGCUGGCUCUGCGGCCGGCUCAGCCGGUACAGCUGGCACUGCUGCUGCAGCAGGGGUGGAAGGGGGUAGAAUGCGCGACGAGAUUGCAAAUCAGUUCUCAUCUGUGGCACCGGCAUUCAACCGAGCAGCAGCAGCCGUGUCGUCGCUCUUUGCAUCCGGCCCACCAUCAGCACCCCCUGUGGAUGGUCCUGCUUCCACAUCAGGAGCAUCAGCGGGAGCAGGGAGUUUGCCAGGAGCAGCCGCGAAACCCAAACCCUCACAUCCACCCGCAGGCGCAACCACCCAACUCCCAUCCCCAUACACCUGCUAA